AUUAAACGAUUUCACGGUGUCAAUUGUCUGAAAUAAUAUGAACUGAAAGAACUCAAAUUAUAUAUAUAUUUAAAAUCUUUAAUGCACAAUACAACUUUAAAAUACGUUAUUAUCUAUACAAAGUAAUCCGAUCGAUAUGUUAGUGAGGACGUUGUACUAUAUUUUAAAUACAAAAUGCAUACUUGAAUCUUGUGGACAAUAUCCUUGAUAUUAAUUUUGCAUAAUUGCAUUUCUGUCACUGGAAAAGUGUUAAAUCCGUGAUAUUCUAGAAGAAACAGAACAAUGACUUUAAGUUAGACUUUGGAUGGGAGCUAGUUUAAGUUUUAUAUCGCUCUACUGCACAAGAAAAAGGUAACUGCACUGUAUUGAUUAACAUCUGGUUGCGAUGACGACGCAGGACAACGUUCCAUAAUCAACUUUAUAUCACACGUUUAAUAUGGACUCAGAUUCCGAUGAUGAAUGGUAUGAUGAAGAGGCAAACCGAAGCAGGAAUCGUCUUAGAAAUAAUGAUUUACAACAAGGUACAAACACAGAGUCAUUACAUGAUACACCAGAGUCUUGGUUUCACGAAGGUUUGGAAAUCAAUCGAUACGAAUUCAUCAGGACAGAAAAUGUAAUUGUGUUGCGUCCAUUUCUUUAUCGAGACAUAUUUUCGGCAUUUGAUGAAAACAAACUCACUGAACAACCAGAUAUGUAUAAAAGAUGUAUGAUUAAAAUCCUAUCAAUGGAAGAAGCUGUUUGUUUUCCAGAAGAAAACAAGCAUAUGAAAAUAAACAUUUCUGGGCGAGAAAAUUGUGGCCAAACAUAUACAGACGACGUAGUGUAUGUAAAAAUAUCUAACAAAGGCGAGCCACAAGAAGAUAAAAAAUACUACGGUGAAGUCGUAUCCUUCAUAGAUAGAAAUCGCUUCAAGAAUGUGACCCAUCCUGUUUUUGUUUGUCUCAUUGAUCGACGACAGAGUCAUCUGAUGAUUCCAAUUUGCAAGACUAUUCCAAAAAUUAAUAUCUUACACGGACGUCUAGCUAAGAAGUAUCCAGAGCGGCUAAGAACAAGCGUAGAAAUUCAUAAACAUGAUUCAGGUACAAAUGAUCUUAAGUUUCAUAAGUAUCAUAACAUCACAGAAGGUGACAAAGAAAACUGGUUGUUCAUUGUAGUUCUUUUAAAAUGGAAAUUAACUAAUAUUCACCCCCUAGGUGCAGUCUUAGGUGUAGUGCAUAGCUCUAAAGACAUAGAAGAGGGAUUAACGUUGAUUUCUUACCAAAACAAUUUGCCAUUAUGGUUUGAUUACCCAUCUGUCGAUGAAAUCAAAGAAUUGAGAGACGAUUUGCAAGCCCCCGGUUAUCAAGAUAUAACCAAAACCGACAAAAUAUUCACAAUAGCUGGAAUAGAAGAAAGUUUCAUAAAUCAUGGUUUUAGCAUUAGAAAAAUGACAAAGAACAGAGUUAGAGUCGGUAUUCAUGUUACUGACGUCAGCAAGGUUGUUCACAAAGAUGAUGAUUUAGAUAUUCAUGCGCGAUCCCGUGGAUUUUCAUUUCACAGUUCAAAUACAGCACAUAAUAAACUUAUGCUACCUAAUCAUAUAAAUAAUCUUUGUAGCUUAGAACCAGGUCGCAGAAGGUAUGCAAUAUCAGUUUUCUUUGACAUUGACCAAACUGAACCAAGUAAUAUACAUGUAACAGAAAAAACUAUUAGCAGAACGGUAAUGCGUUCCUCCGCCCAUUACAAUUACAUAGAAGUUGAAAACAUUAUCAACAAUCAAGAUAUCAUUGAUGAUAUUUUCGCUGACGACAUAAAGAUUCUUUUUCUACUGUCAAAGAAAUUGAAAUUCCAACGUCUUCAAAUGGAGUCCUUUACCUCACCAAUAUCAGUAGAUUUUACAACUACAGACGGUAUCAUGAAAACUAAAAAAGCACAUUCUCUAGUUGAAGAAUACCUUGUUCUAGCAAACAACACAAUUGGAAGCAUUCUGACGCAAAAUUUUCCCAUGAAUGUUCCUGUUUUUCAUCCAUUACAAAUGGCCAGAGAUAGUAAAAAUAAACAAAAAGAAUGGUAUUUUUUACACAAAUACUUUGCUCAUCUGUUGUGCAGCAAACAAGAAGAGAUUAUUGAAGAAAUAGGGAAAUUAUCAUUAGUUAAUGCACUACCAUCACCAUAUUACUUGUAUCAUAGGUUAGCUGAUCCCUCCUCUAUGAGUGAAAAUGACGAAGAUGUAAAUAUUGAUAUUGAAAAGAGACUCUUUGUUCCAAUACAGUCAAAUGUUCUCGAUCAAAUUGUAAGAAAUGUUCAAAUAGAUAGAACUAUUGACGAAGCAAUUGAACUAAUUUGUUCUGAUUUCGUUCAUCCUAAACAAGGUUUAGCUUUAAAAGAAUGGCAAUCAUUUGAGCCUAGUCACCAAUACAGAAUGUCUGUUCUCCAUAGAGAAAAUCCAGCUGUUCAGUUCACGUGCCCUCUAAGUAGAUAUUGUGAUAUUAUUAUCCAUCGAUUGAUUCAUGCUUACUUAGAUGAAAAAAAUACCCCCUAUGACUUUACUGAAUUACGAACCAUAUGUGCGUAUUUAAAUACGUUAUUGAAAAAAACCAACGAUUUCAAUUUGCAGUAUAAAGAAUUAGUUUUCUCAAACUAUUUAAAGCAACAGCCGAUUAUUUUUCAAGGUUUCGUUUCUCACGUAUCACGCGAAAAAUACGACAUUUUCAUACCAGGUCUUCAAGACACUAUGACAAAAAGUUUGUCUGUAAAAUUUAGCGAAAUAGACGUUUGUAGUAUUCCUGAAAUCACAUUGGACAACGAUAUGGUAACAUUCAACGAAAGAACAGUCAUAACUGGUGAUCCAGAGAAUAUAGAAGGAAAUGAAGAUACACAUCAAAUAUUCUCAAAAGUGACAGUGAAAUGGAGAAGGCGUUUAUACAGUUUCAAAGCUACUGUAUUGGAAAAACCAAUGGACGAUGAAGUACAAAGACCUGAAAAGCAUGUUAAGAUAUAUCCUCACCAGAACACUACGUUUAUAAGCUUGAGGUUUUGGAAAAGCACACUUCAACAUGUCUUCGACGAAAAUCGUAAUGCAUUAAAAAAUAAAAUGUCUAAUAACAACAGAGAACAGAUGAAGCAAGAACUUGAAAGAAAUAAGCAGCACAUAGAUAGUUUUAAAAACAGUGUCACUGACGUUAGUUCUGAAGUAUCUGACCAGGUAAUAAUUGAUCACUUUGUACCAUUCCAAACAUCGUUUCGACAUGGCCAAAUUGUUACAGUUCAAAUGUCAGCUCAAGAAUUAUCAGGAAUUCUGACACCAAUCCCUCAAAUAGCUAUCCUGACAAACGGUAUCAAAUUUUGUCUGCCACAUGUACAAGAUCCUAUCAAAACGUUUCUUAGAUAUGCCAAAAAGAGUUCAUUACCUAAGUACAGGAAUGUAGACGAAUACAAGAAUAUAUGGCUUCCUGUGGUUGAAAUGGAAUCUACUUAUAAUGCUGUACAUGGCGAGGAAUCGGUGAUAAUCAACGAAGUACCACUUGUAUUUAAAAAUAACCAGGGUAUGUUUGAGUUUGAUGAAGAAUUUUGUGAAAAAAGGGAUUUGGAGUUUGGAUAUAUUCCAGAAGUGAACGACAAUGAAGGAGGAUCAUUAAUAAAUGAGAACAAAACAUACUUUCCGUUACCGAGUGGAAAUUUUCUUUGCAUAAUGAAAGACCAAGACCUAGACUUGGAAACAAAACAAAUGAUAGGCAAUCAGAUUCUUCACAAAGAUACAUAUAUAUGGAGUGCGCAUGCAGAGACUACUAAAAUAUGUAAAUAUCAAAAGUUAGAACAGCGACGAAAUGGAUGUCAACGUAGAAUAACCAAGAUUCGAGUAGCAUUUCAACUUCACGAAAAUAGUUCUCCGCCACCUGCUACUUCGUUAGAUGACUGUAGACUAGAGAUAAUUUCCAAAUCGCCAGUUGACAGGCGUCUUGAAAAUCACUUGAAAAAGCUACGGCAUGGAACCGAUUUAGCCAAAAAUAUUGCACUGAGAAAAGAAAUCAAUUUUCCAGAUCGCAUACAUUUGGAAGUAGCGGAACAGAUUGAGACAGAAGGUCUCGAUGUUGAUAUGUGGCCAAAUAAUCAACAUCAGCACUGGGCUAUCAAGACAUCUUUGAAAAGAAGAUUUAAAUUGAUUCAAGGCCCACCAGGAACUGGCAAAACUUACAUUGGUGUUAAGCUUGUUUACCUUUUCAACAAAUUCAAUACUUUGAUGCAACAGAAAACGGGCGAUACUAAGAAUCAGAUAAUUUUCUGUGGACCUUCAAACAGAUCUGUCGAUUUGGUAGCACGUCUUGUAAUAGAGAAAUUGGGACCAAAGGCCCCACGUAUUGUUAGAAUAUAUGGGAGUGCAAUUGAACAACUAAGCUUCCCAAUUCCUGGAAGAGCAAGUGUAACAAGGCGCAACAUAUCCGAUGCUAAAGCGGAUCCCUACCUAGUUGAACAUGGUGUUGUCCUUCACUAUUUAAUUCGCCAAGAGGGUAAACCGUAUGCUGAACGCAUAAAGGAACUAGAUAACCAAUUGUCCGACGAUGUCAAUAUGUUAGAAGAAAUAAAUGAAAGAGAUAGGGAGCCUUUAAAAACAACAAUUAAAGAAAUCAAGGAAUACAAAGAUAUCCAGAGUAAGGCAACAAAAGAAGAGCUUCCACAUUAUGACGUUAUAUUUUGUACAAAUUCACUGGUAGCAAACCCAAAAGUACUAAAAGCUACAAAAGACAGAGUUUACCAGCUUAUAAUCGACGAGAGUGGAAUGUGUUCAGAACCAUCAACAAUAGUUCCAAUUAUAGCAACAUCUGCGAAACAAGUUGUUCUAAUUGGUGACCAUAAACAACUUCGUCCAAUAAUCAAAUGCAAAGAAGCAGCUAAACUAGGACUAGAAACCUCGCUUUUUGAAAGAUAUUCAGAAAAUAUUUUAUACAAAACCAUGCUAAAGGAACAAUACAGAAUGCACCCCAAAAUAUGCGAAUUCCCGUCAAAACACUUUUAUGAUGGUGAAUUAAAAACUCAUCCUGGGGUCGGAACAUCGCACCAACCAUUGCAAAUGUGGCCACGUACGAUGGCUGACCAUUGGCCUCAUGUGUUUUGUCAUGUAGAAGGAGAUGAAGAGAUGUUAACGGUUAAAACCGAAGCAGGAAAUGAACAGUCAAGGUUCAACGAGGCCGAAGUUAAACAAGUGAUGAAAGUUUUUCAACAUAUGGUAGAAAACGAGAAUGUGCCGCCUUCAAGCAUCAAUGUUAUGUCUCAGUACAACGCCCAAUGUACAGCAUUGAGGGAAGAAUCUGUUAACACUGGACUUACAAUGCCUAUAGUAUCCACUGUAGUGGCCAGUCAAGGUGGAGAAUGGGAUUAUGUUAUUUUCAGUUUGGUAAGAUCUAUUCCUAGUUAUCGAAUACCAGAACAACCAACCAGAGGAUGGUGUCUCCAGAAUCUUGGAUUCAUUACCGACAAAAACCAAAUUAAUGUAGCACUGACAAGGGCAAAAAAAGGACUUGUGAUUAUAGGUAACAGAAACUUGCUUGUGUGUGACCCAGUAUGGAAAGAUCUAAUUCACGACUACGAAAAGAAAAAAUGUAUGUUCAAAGGCUCAAAUUUCCCACCGUCUACAUAACUAGCUUCUAUUACUAUGUUGAAACAGAAACUGCACAUAAUUAUUGUAUAUUCAUAUAAAAAUGACUGAAUAAAAGCAAUAUCUAUUGAUUGUUUUUAAAUAUGAGAUUUCUUUAUUAUAUUUGAUGAUUUUGUUUUCAAUUUUGCAAAUCUAUCAGUUGCAAUCUUGAAACUUGAAAAGGCAACAGCAAAUGAAAUAGGAAGAAUCAAAGAUGAGUAAUUUUAGCAUUACCAUCUUAGUAAAGAGAUACCAAUACAACAGAGGAAUACAGCGCCUAAUUAAUGAUUAUUCGAAGAGGUUUUGUAGUGUAUUAUACGUAUUGUAUGAUUGUUGGUAGAACUUUUUUUCACUUCUGACAAUAACAAAUAAAACAGAUCAAUUAGCCUAUGUGUUUAUUAGUUUAUUGGAGCUAGAUAGCUAGAUACAAUUUUGUAUGAUGAAAUGUUCCUUUUGUUCAA